UUAGCGCUCAUCGCAAAAUUGUGACAAUUGGUGACAUUCUUUUUAUACGCGAUUCUCAAAAUCCACUUGGAAUAUUAAGUAAUUAAAGUUGUGAUUACAUAUACAGGAAUCUUACGGUGUCAUUAACCAGGAAGGUCCUGGAUUUGGAAAUAACUUUAAAUUUUAUCAUUAAGAAAUGUUUAGUUACGUGACUCUGCCGUAACCAAGACACCACCCAAGUGAGCGGUGACGUCAUGCGUGUCCACAAUGCGCAGCUUUGCACGUGACGCACAUGCGGUUAGAAUUGUCGUCGGGUUACUGACUCUGACCUUGGAAAUUCAUCAAAUUAAUAGUCAGACAAGGGGCAAUCCCGACGACGAGCUACGGGGUCCCAUUUUCCUGUCGGAGCCCCCAGAACACGUAAUAAUACCGAACACUGAAGGGGCAGUAAUCCCUUGCACCGUGUAUGGAAACCCCGCCCCAUUAGUCACGUGGGUUACAGAAGAAGGCGCUGAGGUCGAGUUUGAUCCGAAUGUUGUCGAGGUGCUUCAUAAUAACAGUCUUUACUUCCACAAGUUUUCGGCCGGUGAUGUCCGUGCGUCCGUCCACACCCACACGUACAGGUGCAUGGCGCAGAACCGUAUCGGACGAGUCAUCAGCAGAAAGGUUCAUACAAAAGUUGGGAUUAAAAAGGGUGCCGAUGGUUCGUUCGUGUGUGAGAGCAACAUCUCCUUACAUGUCAUGGGGAACGGGGGAACAUUCCAAUCAUGA